GACACAUAUCCUUUGUUUUUUUUUUUAAAGAUUGAUCAUAGAAAACGACAGUGUAAUGCUUGCUCUUUCCUUUUCUACCGACUAUAUGGCAACUGUUACUCUCCAAGGUGUUCGGUAGUCCAUGGGCAGUUGCGCUGUUACGCCCGUCGUGGAAGGACAUUAUUAUAGCCUUUACAAUGACCGGAAGACGAAGAAUUCUGAAUAUAAAUGAAAAUGAAAUUCAAGAAUACUUAUUUGGCGACACCAGUGACACGGAAGAUGCUCUAAAUCUUGAUGAGGAGGACAUUGGCUUUCUUGAAGAUGAUAUUGAGACAAUGAAUACUUGUGGAGAUGAAGAUUCUACAAUUAUAAUUGAUCCUGCCGAUUCUGGGCAGAUUCCUGAGACUGUGGAUCAAGCACCUAAUUCCAAGAAUAAUGAAGAGGACUCUCCUUCCACCUCGUCAUUAACUUCUGUCAACAUCACUAACUUCAGAUGGAAAAAAAUGGAUGCUGAGAAUGCUGAAAAACUUUUUGCUGUUUCAAGAGACACAAAAGAUGAAAAAGAAUUUGGUCAUAUUCUUAUUGAUACAACAGACGAUCCUAGUCCAUACGAAGUUUUUGGCAAAGUAGCAAAGUUUGAUGAGUUUCUUUGUGAUGUAGUCAUUCCAGAAUCUAAGCUCUAUGCAUCCCAGAAAGGCCAUGUUUUUGAUAUUGAAAUUGAUGAACUAAGAGCUUUUUUUGGGAUGAACAUUGUUAUGGGAUAUCAUGUACUUCCUUCAUAUAGAGACUACUGGUCAAGUGAUCCUGAUUUAGGGGUACCAUACAUUGCAAAUGUCAUGCCACUAAAGCGAUUUGAGGAAAUCCGAUCUAUGCUGCACUUCAAUAAUAAUGAUCUAAUGAAAAAGCCUACUGAUCCCAUGUAUGAUAGAUCUUUCAAGAUAAGACCUGUAUUGAAACACUUCAACGAUGCAUUUUUGAGUGCUCUCUCCCCAACUAAAUAUCAAACAAUUGAUGAGCAUAUGAUAAAAUUCAAAGGCCAAAAUGCAAUGAAGCAAUAUGUGAAAGGUAAGCCUGUAAAAUGGGGAUUCAAAAUGUGGUGCAGGUGUGACUCUAAAUCGGGGUAUUUGUUUGAGUGUGAUCUGUAUACAGGAAAGAAAUGUAGUAAACCUGAGCAUGGCUUGGGAGAAGGAGUAGUUUUACAGCUAACAGAAAAAAUCAAAGGACUUGGUUGUCAAGUGUUCAUUGAUAACUUUUUCAAUUCUCCAUUACUGCAAGCUUUGCUUCACAAAGACAAAAUACUUAGUGCUGGAACAGUUCGUCAAAAUCGCAAACAUGUACCCAAGGCACAGGUUCCACAAGAUAAAAACAUGAAAAGGGGCGAUAUUGCUUGCUUUGCCUCUAAUGAUGUGUGCUAUGUGAAGUGGAUGGAUAACAGAGCAGUCCAUAUGGUUUCCAACUUCCUUUCUCCUUUCCCUAUUCAUGAAGUAAAGCGAAGAAAAAAAGGAUCAAGUGCUAAAGUAUCAGUAAGCUGCCCAAAUGUAAUAAAACAAUAUAACGCAAACAUGGGUGGAGUUGAUAUAAUGGACCAGAAGAAAGUGACAUAUCAGAUGGAUCACCGAUCGAAAUACAAAUACUACCUUAGGCCUGUAUUUGAUCUAGUUGACAUUGCAGUCAAUAACUCAUUCAGUGUGUACACAAUGAUGUCAGAAUCACUGUUUCCAGAAAUUGAAAAGCUUGAUGCUAAAACAUUUCGAAGAAUUGUAGCUAGACAGCUCAUAGGAAACUACACAAACCGAAAGAGAGCAAUACCUAAAACUUCAAUAGCGCAUAAUUCAAAAAAGGCUCGCCUCUCUAACGUGAGAUUCAGUGUAGGUCAUUCCAUGGAAAAAGUAGAUGAAAGACAGAGAUGUAAACUUUGCACCAAAAGGAAAGUUCAGAACAGAACUAACAACAAGUGUGUUGAAUGUGGUGUAUACUUAUGCUAUGUGAAAGAUAGAAACUGUUUCAAGCUGUACCAUGAAGGAUCAUAGAAUAAGUAUGGAUAUAUAUCACUGAAUAGAUAAUUUUCUAUUUUUAGUUCAAAAGAAAAUUUUAGUUGAACUGCAUCUUAGGAAACUGUUCCAAAAAUAUGUAAAUGUUGUAGGAAAAAGUGUGUCAUGUUCGUAAAAUAAUGUCAUUUUUUUCAUUUUUUUUUUAAUUUUCUAUUCUCAAUAUCUAGUAUUUCUAUAAAGAAGGAAAUAAAUAAAUAUAUGUUUAGUUUUUUCAUGCUCCUUUCCCUUAUAAUAACGAUAAUUCUUUUAUUAUAAUACAAUGGGAUUCCAUAUGAGAAAAUUUCUCAAGGCGAUUACUGGUACAUAUAUGUACCAUGCACUAAUAUCACUAUUUAUGUAAAAUUUUACAAUAUUAUCACAUA